AUGUCUAUUUCCAACGGCCAGACAACCUGGCAACCUUUAGCAGUGCAUCAUUCUCAUGCCAGCAGGUCUCUGAACCACGUCGACGAUGGAUCGGCGCGCACCCAAACCCCCGUCGAUAACGCUGCAGGAAUGCUGCCUGAGGCACCGGUCGAUAUAGAUGAGGAGAAUCGUCGAGCCCUCUUUGCGGAUCUGUAUCGUAAAACAGAGGAAAAGGUGGCGCUUCUGUUCGCCGAAGAUGGAUCGUACAACUGCAACGCCAUCGCGGCCCUGAAGCGACGAGCGCCAACACCGACCGCGACCGUGACACUUCCCCCGACCACGGACCACGAACCCAUCAAUGAGCCUCCUCUAAAAAGGGCCAAACGCGCCAUUGAUGAAGACGACUACGACGACGACGACGACGACGACGACGACGAAGAACAAGACGACGUACCGGAUGCGCCCGCUGCAGCCAAGCCUCAGGGCUCUGCAACGUCAGCCGCAACCAACCCCCUGCUGUCUCCGUCCAAGUCCGGCAGCUCUCCCGUUCAAUCCCUUCAUUCGCCCGGGAGAGCCGCAGACAAGCCGAAACCAAGCCAAGAAGACCCGCAAGCAAGAGGAAAGCUUGCAGGCAACGAUGACGAUGCCAUCAAGAAGCUGGAAGAAGCCCGAUCAGCCACCGAGGCAGCGGCUAGGCGAAGCUUCCACACCAUAAUAUACACGCUAGAAAACGAUCGCACGGCCAUGCUAGAACAGCAACGCCUGGAGGACUCGGAGAAGCAGCUGCAGGCCGAGAUGGACAACAACCAGUCCAGCGGUGCUGGCGGCGCUCAAGCAAGCUACCAAGGUUCGCUCAGCAGUGCCAACCUCGGUGCCUCGAGCCUCACCCUCAAGCAUCUCAUCGCCAGAAUCGACAUGAAGCGCGAUCAGGUUCGUGCCUCGGAUGCUGAAUUAAGACUUCUUAUGAACGAAGUUCGCAAAAACCGAAGCAAGUGGGCGAGCGAGGAGAAUGUUAAUCAAGAAGAGCUCUAUGAGGCCGUGGAGAAGGUCUUGACAGAGCUCAAAGCACAUACGGAAUAUUCCACCCCGUUCUUAACUAGAGUCAACAAGAGAGAUGCCCCCGAUUAUCUCAGUUUUAUCAAAAACCCUAUGGAUCUUGGAACCAUGACCAAGAAGCUCAAGGCCUUGUCGUACAAGUCGAAAACGGACUUUGUGACAGAUCUGAACCUCAUCUGGGACAACUGUUUAAAGUACAACCAAGACAUGAAUCACCCCUUCCGGAGAAUGGCAAACGGCAUGCGUAAGGAGGCCGAAAAGUUGAUUCCCCUGAUACCUGACUUGGUCAUUCGAUCGCGGGCCGAGGUGGAGGCUGAGGAGAGACGGAAGCAGAAUGGUGGUGAAGACGACGGUGCUGAGGAUUCUGAUGAUGAGCCGAUAAUGUCGUCUCGUGGUCGCAAAGCUACAACCAAGGGAACCAAAUCGCGCACCGCGCCACACGAUCUCAAAGAAGACACUCCUGUCGUAGACCAAAAGCCAAUACUGCAACUCAAUGGACUCUUAGGAAAGGCGGGCAGGGAAGGGUCCGAAGUCGAUGGCAGUGGACUCUCAACCCCGCCGGUGGGCGGCACUGCGACUCCGCUGGGUGCUCUCAAUGGCCUCUCGGGCAUGGCCAGCAACGCUGACGCCAUGGAUAUCGAUGGGCCUAGCCUCAAUGGCAUGGCCCUAAACCAGGCUUUUGGUGACGCCGAGGGGCAAGCGCACGAGGACGAAGAAUACAAGAUUUGGAAGCAGACCACCAAGAGGGACCGAGCGUUGGCCGCAAAGGAGCGCCAUCUCCUCUUCAUGGACAAUAAACUGAAUGCUGACGCCCCGGCGCUUUUGAGAAACCGGGCCGGCAUGCGAUGGUUUCUAAAGCACCACAAAGAAGCCGAAGCACUGGGAAUCUCGGCGGGCUCGAUUUCUGGACUCGCCGUCGGCGCAGACCAGGAGCUUUCGGCAAACAAGCAGCCGGAAACCCUCGCCGAGGGCAUCGACGAGGAGGCCGAGCGAGUGAUGCCCGACUACUACAGCCCACUGACCAGCGUGCCCGACAUCAAGGCCAACCUGCAGUGGGUCGAAGACGGCGACGGCCAGGUAAUCAACCAACACGAGGAGUUCCUCAGGCUCGUACCCAGCGGAUCAUUCGUGGCCCCCAAGAGCCGGCUGACAAGGAAGAUGGAUGAAAACAUCCGCCAGAUCCAGGAAACCAGGAAACUCGCGACCAAGAUAUCAGUCAUCAAGCAGAUGCAGGUACAGUCUCAGGUGUACACCAACCAGUUUCCGAAGCCCAACACGGAAAGCUUUGUGGAGCAAGACAUCGAACCGCACUUUGUCUCGGACAACGGACCAGUGAUGGCGGCCGACGUCUGCCAGAAUGCUCUGAAGCGUUCCGUGGCCAAGAUUCUCUACCACACCGGAUUCGAAGAGCUGCAGCCGUCGGCCAUCGACACCCUGACAGGCAUCGCGGCCGACUACUUCCAGAAGCUGGUCAGGACGUUCAACACGUACCGCGAGGCGGACAGGAUGACGGUGCGGACCCCCGGCGGGGUGCGGACGCAGGCCCGCUUCACGCCCGAGGAAGUAAUCCUGCACACGCUCGACGAGAGCGGCCACGACGUCGCGUCGCUCGACCUGUACGUCAGGGACGAAGUCGACCGCCUGAGCUCGAGGCUCGGCGUGCUCCACGAGCGCAUGAAGCUCCACCUGACGGACCUGCUGCGGCCGGCGGUGGCCCCGGACGCCGGAGCGGACGGCGCCGGGGCGUUCAAGGACGGCAGCGACCAGUUCAUGAGCGGCGACUUUGCCGACGACCUGGGCGAGGACUUUUUCGGCUUCCGGGCGCUCGGCCUGGAUCGGGAGAUGGGCCUCGACUCCUUCUCGGUGCCCUUCCACCUCCUCCACAGCAGGGUCAGGAACCAGUACCAGAUGCAGACGCAGAGCGGCGCGGGCUCGGAAUCCACCGACAUAUUCGAGCCGCCGCCGGCCUCGGAGCCCGUCACAAAGAACAGCAUACAGGAGCAGAUCGGCCUCGUCAAGAACUUCUUCCUUGCCAAGCUCCACGCUAACGGCGACCAAGCGCUCGUCGAGGACGAGGAACUGCCCGUCAAGCAGCGCAAGCCGCGGCCCAGGCUCGGCGCCAGCGGCAAAAUCAUCUCCGCGCAGAAGCGGCCGCCGCGGGAGCAGCUGGCCCUCGCCAAGAAGAAGAAGAAGAUGGAGCUCGCGGCGGCCGCGGCGGAAGCCAGAGGCAGUAACGCCGGUGCCGGUGCUGGUGCCGGUGCUGGUGCCGGUGCUGGUGCUGGCGCGGCAGCCGGAGCCGGAGCCGCAGGGUCGGCCAACACCACGCCGGCCAAGAAGAAACCCAUGACCAUUACGCCCGUGCCGGUUCCCAACCCAGCCCUGCUGGCUCUCGGCUCCAGCAUGGAGAGGAGCGAAAGCGCGCAAAGCCACGCUGCCACAAGCCAGACCGACAAGGACGACACCAUUGUCAUGAUGAGUCCGGAGAGUAUCGCCCAGUGA